UCCAAGGCGCAGGCGCCGUCGGGCGGGGGAAAGGGAAGGAGGCUGACGACGAGGCACUCGCUGCGCUGGGCCGCCCGACACCGCAGGUAGCUGGUUAAAUGCAAUUGUGUCAAUAACAGAGGGAGGAUAAACAUGAGAAUAGCAGGAGCGGCAAAGUUGGUAAUAGCAGUGGCUGUGUUCUUGCUGAUGUUUUAUGUCAUAUCUCAAGUAUUUGAAAUAAAAAUGGAUGCCAGUUUAGGAAAUCUUUUUGCAAGAUCAGCACUGGACCUACCAUUGCGAAGUACAAAGCCCCCAAGGUAUAAAUGUGGAACUUCAAAAGCAUGUCCAGCUAAUCAUUUUGCUUUCAAAAUGGCAAGUGGAGCAGCCAACGUAGUUGGACCUAAAAUAUGUGUAGAAGACAAUGUCUUGAUGAGUGGUGUUAAAAACAACGUUGGGAGGGGCAUUAAUAUAGCCCUAGUAAAUGGCAAAACAGGUGAAGUAGUGGACACAAAAUUCUUUGAUAUGUGGGGUGGAGAUGUAGCCCCAUUCAUUGAAUUUCUGAAGACUAUUGCAGGUGGAACUAUUGUAUUAAUGGCAACAUAUGAUGAUGGUGCCACUAAGCUUACUGAAGAGGCACGGAAACUAAUAUCAGAUUUGGGGAGUACGUCCAUCAUGACCCUUGGCUUCAGAGACAACUGGGUUUUCUGUGGUGGGAAAGGAAUCAAAACUAAAAGCCCUUUUGAACAGCAUAUUAAAAACAACAAGGACACCAACAAAUAUGAAGGAUGGCCAGAAGUUGUGGAGAUGGAAGGGUGUAUUCCACAGAAACUAGACUGAACAAUCUGCAACUUGACAAUAGACAAUGCAAAGAACAGUGGAGGGGGAAAUGCACUUUUCUGCUGCUGUGAGGUUGUGGGAUUUGGGAGGAUAGAGGCCAUGUGUGAACUCCAUCCCACCUAGCAUGGCUUCUUGCACAAGGCCCAUAAAAAGCUGUGCAAAGGGAUGGUAAAUAGCACCAAUUCAUUUGGCUGGGGCAUGUGAAAUAUUUAUCCUGUUGGAUUGUGCCCUAUGUAAAUAAUUUCCAGGCAUGUUUUCACCUUAAAAUGUGCAUGAACUUUUUUUUUUUUUUUUAAAUAUCAGGCUUAUUUAUUGUUAAACUGAAGAGAUCCUUUUUCUCCUGUUUCUUUUUUCUUUUUGUAAAUGAGCCCUAAACAAACAGAACAAUUGUUUCGGAGCAUCCUUAUUCUUCCCUCUCCCCCUCCCUUUCUUCCUAGUUUCUAAAGCCACUUAUUGUAUGUAAAUAUCUUUCAGAACCACCGUCAUCAGUAAUUAGAGACAUAGUUGAACUAGUCCUGAGCUUUGUUGUAUCCUGCUCAAUUACAACAUUGCUGUGAGUGCGUAUAUUUAGAAGGAUAUGUAAAUUUUAGAGGAAAAAAUAGUUAAUUAUUUUUAUGCUACGGCUGUUGGAAAACCACAUUCUUCAGUGACUCUUUUCAGAUAGAGGGGCUGGAUGUUUGAUACAAAAAUGUAGGCCUGCUCUACAAAGCACAAUUAAAUGCUUUUCAUUCAUAUCAAAUGUAUAACACUGUGUCUGUUGCAAUUGUUAAAUCGUCUGUACCCCAUAUUUCUGGUUAGCAAUGCAAGCUGCUAAUAGGGCAGAAUAACGUGAUUGUUUCUUGUGUGUGUUCAGCUACAUUUUUUUAAACCUCUGAGAUCCAGAAGCCAUGUAAACUGGUUGAGGUCAUGCUGAACUCAGAAAGAAGCCAGUGUUGGCAGUUAUUGUGUUUUCCUGGGGAUAUGAAAUAACAUAGUUUUACCAAAAAAAAAAGCUUAAUUCCUCGUGGAGGUGACUUGGCAUGUAUCGUUCAAUCGGACAUCUUUCAGAACUGGUCUCAGUUGAGGGAUAGGCUUGAUUAUUGGGAAAAGAAAAUCCAUUGGGGAACAUGUCUUACUAGAGUGAGACGGUUACUAUUUAACUUGGCUGAUUUAACCAGACAGACCACAUGAGGGCACAUUUUUGCAGGUGCUUAUAACAGAAUGCAUUUGAGAUCUCCAGAGCGUUCACUCCCAACAAACGUCAUCUCCCCAUUUUCUUGUCCUACAUAUGGCAGCAGGGAAGGGGAGCAUUGAUCUCCCCACCCCACCCCCCUUUUCUAAUUAUUCACAUUGCUUCAUAGUGACAUUGUGUUGAGUAAUUGAAUUAUAGCAGUCGGCUUGCAGUUCUAGAUGCCUCUAAUGGCAUUCCAGCUUUAGGGGAUAGAAUCCAGACGGGUUCACAGGGAGUUUCUGUAUGCACAGGAAGCCUUCCACUCUCCUGGUAUCAUUGAACUGCACUAUCCCACAUCGCCUACAAAAGUCAUUCCCGCUCCCUGUAUUUUUAGAAAGCAGUUGGAGAAGGGAACUCUUGGGACUGUCAGUUUUUUUCCUUUUUGUAGAGGCGACGGUGGCAUUUUUGCAGUUCCAUUUUCCCGCUGAAACAGUGAACAAGCAGUUUUGGACAUCUCUGCUUUACAGAGAGGCUUUAGCAAGAAGUA